CUGUCCCGCCCCGCUCUGCCCAUCCCGGCCCGUCCCCUCGCCGCCGCGCUGCCGGUGCCGGGCCGGGGCCAUGGUGCAGGCCUGGUACAUGGACGAUGCCCCCGGGGAGCCGCGGGCCCCGCACCGGCUGCAGCCGAACCGCCCCGUCAGCCUCGAGCAGCUGCGGCGCCUCGGGGUCACCUACCGCCGGUUGGAUGCUGAUAACUAUGAGACCGAUCCAUGUCUGAAAGAGAUCCGGAGAGCAGAGAAUUAUUCUUGGAUGGAUAUUGUUACCAUACAUAAAGACAAGCUUCCAAAUUACGAGGAGAAGAUAAAAACAUUUUAUGAAGAACAUUUACACCUAGACGAUGAAAUUCGCUACAUCUUGGAAGGAUCUGGCUAUUUCGAUGUUCGAGACAAGGAUGACAAAUGGAUCCGCAUUUUCAUGGAGAAAGGAGACAUGAUCACGCUCCCUGCCGGCAUCUAUCACCGAUUUACUGUGGAUGAGAACAAUUACGUGAAGGCAAUGCGGCUCUUCGUCGGGGAACCCGUCUGGACAGCGUACAACAGGCCGGCUGAUGACUUUCCCGCUCGGAAACAGUAUAUGAAAUUUUUGGCUGAAGAAGCAAAGUGAUGGUGCCCGAGACCUGACAGGUGGAACAGCCCAAAGCCUUGUCAGAAUGUAUGUCUGGUGGCUUUUCACUGAUUAGACUUCUUCUAUUUACAUAUACGAUUGGAAUCACAGAAUCUUAGAAAAAAUUAGCUUGAAAGGUCAUUUGGAGGUCAUCUAGUCUAACCCCCUACGAAGUCCCAGGCUAAACUUAAGGCUUGACCAAAUUGCUUGAUACCUUGAGGUUUGGAAAACUCCAGUGGUGGAGGUUCCACAGACUGUCUGGGCACCCAUUCCAGCACUUAAUGGCUCUCAUGGGCAAGUGUUUGUUCUUCAUGGUCUGCUCCCUGGUCAUUGCUUGCAGUUGUCUCUUGCCCUUUCAUUGAAUGCCUGAGAAGAGUCCGGCUCUGUCUUCUCCGCAGGCCCUUCUCUAGAGGGAAGCUGUAGUUAGAACUAUCAGCCACCUCCUCUCCGGGCUAGACAAACUAGUGUCCUUGGCUGGGCUCUCUUCCACCAAGGAAGAUGUUCAACAGGUUUUGCCCUAGUUUUGUCUGCUGAGGAAUGUCAUUGUAACCAGCUGACUUCAACCACCGGCUCUUUUGAGCCUGACAUUCCAGAAGUUUUUCACCCUCCUACUGUGGGGGACACCGUUGAAAGCCUUACUGUGGUCAAGGUGAAUGACAUCUGCUGUUCCCCUCUCCCUCAUCGUCUCUUAGACGGCAGCCAGUGUGCGCCCUUGGUAAAUUGGCAUGGACUGGUUGUUCCCAUCACCUGCUGUUUCGUGUGCCUGGAAUGGCUUCUGUAGUGCCUUAUUCUGGAAUUCUGGGGACCAGCAUGGGGCUGACCAGCCUGUACUUCCCUAGAUCUCCUCUCCAUCCUUCUUAGGGGUGACAACGGCUUUUACCUUUUCCCAGUCAAAAAGAUUUCCCUGCUCACUGUGACCUUUCAGAGACGCCAGCAGCCGAUUGCAUUUACAAUCGCUUAGAAAUCCAUUUUCUAACCUUUCUUCCCUUGAUAUUUCUGGCAGGUGGAAUCGGGAGAGGUGGGCUGCAUUAAUAUUCAUUCUGGUCUGAAUCCAUGCUAAUGAACUAGGUAGGAUUCUGGUUUUAAUUAAAGAAAAUAAACUCGGCUUUAUUCUUGUCUAAAAAUGUUCAUAAGAUAAAUUUGCAUAAUCGACAUUUUAGCGUGCAGCUUCCUCAGUUCUGCCCUGGUACAUAAAGCUGUGGAUUUUGCUCAGUAAAAUGUAGCAAAUUGCUCUCGUGAGCUAUUAAUAAAAUUACUUUGACUUGGU